GAUUCGGAGCAGCCGGUGGCUUUAGGAGAAACUGAAACUGGGCUUGCCGGGGGCGGAGUGGUCACUGGGGUUUAAAGAGCCACCACUUCCUUGGCUUCCCAGAGGGCACUGGGAGGUCACAGCUGCCGAGGGACCUUGGGGAUCUGCGGGACUCUCUGUUCCUCCCGCUUGAGCCAUGCACCUCUGCCAGGGAGACGCACUGCUGGCCGGAACGGACCCCAAGGAGUGUCAGAAGCAGCUGAAAAAGAAACAGAAGAACCGGGCAGCUGCCCAGCGCAGCCGGCAGAAGCACACGGAUAGAGCAGAUGCCCUGCACCAGCAGCACGAGUCCCUGGAGAAACACAACCAGGCCCUGCGGAAGGAGAUCCAGGGCCUGAAGGCUGAGCUGGCUCAGUGGAGUCAGACCCUGCACCUGCAUGAGCACCUGUGCCCCAGGGUCUGUACCCCUGGCCUGGCUCCUGAGCCCCCCGACUGCUGGGGUCAGGCCAGGUGGCUCUUGGGACAGCUUGCUCCCCAGGGACAGCACAGCUGCCAGGAGCAGCCAGGUCUCUUCCAGACUCCAGUCUCCUGUCUGCCAGUCCAGCAACCGCACCCAGAUCCACAGCCUCAGGAUCCCUGCGGCUUCCUCCCAACCCCUCUGUCCUUGCUGUCUCUCAGCCCUGCUGUGGGGACCCUACCUCCUGCUCAGACAUCCCCCAGCCAGCUGGGCUCUCCCUCCAAGUUCAGUGGCCUCUUGCCAAGCCCCCCCCAGGCUGCCCCUCCACAGCCCCUUGGGCAGGUGUCCCCCGGCAGGGGGGAGCUAGGGUCCUCUCUAGGGCCUGAAUAUCUGCAAAGCAGGGAGCAUAAGCCUGGUCCGUUGGCGGCAGAUUGGUCCGGGUUGGCCUUGGAUCCCAGACAACAGGCUCUGAAGGCCUUCCCGCUGCUGGCCUCAGCUGGGGUCCUCUUCUGACCUGGGCCCGGAGUGUGGCUGCCCCACCUCAGGCUCAGGAAGCAGUCACCACACACCAGCCUCUGCUGCCCUGCUGCCACCCUUCCUGAAGACCAACCGGCCCACGGUUUCACUGGAGAAAGGAAGCUGCCGUUGACUGCCUGCUGUGGUAGCCUCUGUCACUGCCACUAUCUUACUGCAACCCCACAGUCACCCUGCACAAUUGCGAUUAAAACUUUGCUUUUUCAGAGAAGCCAUGUGGUAUGUCCAGUCACGCAGCCUUUCUUUUCAUUAUUAUUUUUCACACAGCCUUCAUGGGGCCUCAAGCAUGACCCCCUCGCUCCUCUGUCCUCUGGCGGGAGUCUGGUCUGCAAGCCUGAGGGGCCG